GAUCAUGUCGGUGGCAUGUCGAAGGUCACAGCUCGGCUUACAAUGGAGCUGUCGGAGCCUGCGCAGAGUGGGUUGCAGAUCUUGGCUGAUCGUGGCUGUUUCUCCCCCAGAGCCGACCAGGCCUCUUUAGAUCAUCCAGACUUGAAACAUAUUGAUCCAGCAGUAUUAAAACAUUGCCAUGCAGCUGCUACAACUAGUAUAGUAGAAGCUGGAAAGCAAAAAGCUGACAAAUCUGCCAUAAAUACUUAUUUAGAAGACUGUAAGUUUGACAAAGAAAGAAUUGAACAAUUUUGCACCGAAUACCAGAAAAAUAAAGAUACCUUGGAAAUCCUAUUGGGAAGCAUAGGCAGAUGCCCACUGCAUAUAACUGAUGUUUGUUGGCAUUUGGAAUAUCAAAUCAAGACUAAUCAACUUCAUAAAAAUUAUCACCCUGCUUAUCUGAUGACCUUAAAUGUUGAGAACAAUGACUCAAGAUCUCACCUGGACAUUAAUUUUAGUUGUUCUAUGGAGCAAUUACAGGAUUUAGUUGGAAAACUAAAAGAUGCAGCUAAAAGCCUAGAGAGAACAACUCAGCUGUAGCUGCAGACCUUGGCAGUCUACUGGAUCCAAGAAGAAAAAGAAACUGUUUCCUAAUAGUUUUGUCUUUGAAUAUCAGAUGGUUAUUUACUUUGAUGGAAUUUUGAUAAAGCUUUGGCCACGCUGAAAUGGAAUGCCUUCUUUCUAGCCAAUAUUACAAGUUUGGUGUGCAGCUGCCAAUAGCAUUUUGUUAGUAUCAUGUCUUAUGGGGAAAUGUUUAUUUGUUUGAUUGUCAGAAACUGUGUUCUUUUUUCCUGUACCCCUUGUUAAAUAUAUUCCCUCUACUCUGUCUUGUUCUGACUCGAAACAAGCCU